AUGGCUCGUCAGCGUCAUCAGGAAAAACAAGACAGCCAAGCUGCUACUCUGGCAAAGUCUAUGAUCGAAUCUCCCGCAAAUACUGUGAAGGGACUUGUGCAUUGGGACGAUCUUCCACUUUGGCAGCGUGACAACCAACAUAUCCAUACAGGAUACCGGCCAGCCUCGGGUUCGUUUCUAGUAUCGUUCCAGUCGCUAGGCUACGUCCAUAAUGAGACCGUCAACAUUUAUACACACCUUUUGCCGGCCAUUUUGGCCGUUCCCGCUGCAUACAAGCUCUACCAGGCUCUUGCACCACGCUACCAGUCUGCCACAGACUCGGAUAUAGCCGCCUUCUGUUGCUUUUUUGCUGGGGCCGCUUUCUGCCUCGGCAUGUCUGCAACCUACCACACCAUAUCAAACCAUUCGCAUUCAGUAGCCCGCAUUGGUAAUGCAUUUGACUAUAUCGGCAUUGUGGGAUUGAUUGUAGGUAGCUUCAUCCCCAGCGUCUUCUACGGGUUUUAUUGCGUUCCUGAACUUCAACGACGAUACUGGACUAUGAUAUGUACUAUUGGGCUUGGCUGCGUAUGCGUAUCUAUCCUUCCGCAGUUCCGGACUCCCCGUUGGAGACCCUUUCGGGCAGCUAUGUUUGUUGGGAUGGGCCUGUCUGCCGUCUUUCCCGUACUCCAUGGCCUCCAAAUGUUCGGGUCAGACCGCAUGCGAGAACAAAUUGGUCUUGAGUGGCUUCUCCUUCAGGGCUUCCUUUAUAUCCUAGGAGCUGGUCUCUAUGCAGCGCGUGUACCUGAGAGAAUACUUCCAGGGAGGUUUGACAUCAUUGGAAGCUCGCAUCAGAUCUUCCAUGUGUUGGUGGUUUGUGCGGCUGUAGCUCAUUUAACGGGACUCCUGAAAGCCUUUGAUUAUCGGCAUGGCGGCACUGCCGAGACUUGCCAAAUUCCACGCGGUUGA